AUGCGCGGCGUGUACCAAGGACCCCCAAGCAACCAUCUCCCGCCGAGCUCAAGGUUCGCAGCAGGUACAAGCAACAGACGAGCACAGGCGGCUCCCGCAGGGCUCCAGGGUAGCAACCCGUUGGUAGAAAACUUGCCUGAGCAGCAAACCAGCCACCUGCGUGGCUCACUGUCUUUCCAAGAGAGAGCCGAACUAGCCUCACGUCACUUCAUUGAUGGGGGUAGCUCGGCUACAGCUCCUCCACGUCAGCAACCGACAGCACAAGAGACACAGAGCAGGGAAAUGAGGGGCACCUUCUAUGAUCCCGUCAGAGACAUAGUCUUGUCGCCGCCUGUAUUUUCGCCUGUCGCCGCCGAGCCCGUGCUGGGCAACGCUUUGUCUGACAAUGGCAGUAUCGAGACGGUAGUGGCGACGGAGUCUAGUCCCACUUUCAGCAAGCCCAACUUCCACCAGAUUGUCGGCAGCAACACUCAAUAUGCGGUCCCCAAUCCCCGCGUCGAAAUUGAUCUGACUACUGCUUUGAAGAUAAAGCUUUCAAAUUCCCGCCGAACUUCAGCCUCUGGUUUUCAUCAAAUCCCGGCAACUGCUGUCGAACCAGACCAGUACCAGAAUCAUAGCCGAGUAAAAGGCACCCUCGCUCAAACACCACCACAGUCCGCACCCCAAUUCGCACCACCAAAUGCUCCAACGACGUCUCCCAUACCUCAGAGAAACACCAGGCCAAAAGUGCCAGCCAUGUUCAGAGACAUUAACUCGCAUGACUUACUCCUGCGCCAACCUAAUCCCGAAGAGCAUGAGCAGGUGCGUGUAGCAGCCUCGUACGGCUUCACCACCACUUUAAAGCCAGUAAGAAAACGUUCCAGCGAUGCGGCGUUAUAUUCGCCACAAGAAGGACAAGAAGAACCACCAAGAAAGAAACUCAACAAGAGAGGCGGCGCCCGUCCUGGUGCGGGGAGGCCAGCGACCAAAAUGUUGAGGCAGCUGGCUGGUGAGACUACUCAGCAAUCGCUCAGGGCUGGUAGUCUUUGGGGUCGGCCUACUUCCACUACUAGUCCUUAUGGUGGUGGCUCUGGGCAUGCCGUUUGUGUUUCCGGUGCUGGAUCUCUCUCAAGCUCCUACUCUGGCUUUCCCUUGGCCCCUUCCGCGGACCCUCACAUCCAACCUUCAAGUUCUUUUCCAGCACCCGCCGGCCCCGGUAGUAGUGCUUUGGAACCUGAGUGUGCUUCUGUUGCUGGUGCUGCCAACACCACAGACACUAGCACUGGCUUUGCCUCCGCCUCUUCAGCUGGCUACCACCCUCCAAGUUUCCUGUCAGCAACUGUGGGCCCAGGUGAUCUCAGUGGUACGUUUUCCAGCAAAGACAAGAGGCGCAAAGCGGAUGGUUCGGAUAUCCACUCUGUAGAUGGGAACUUCUCUGCUCCUGUGUCUACUUUUGUUGCUGUUUCUGUGGCUGCUUCUGCGCUUGAGAUUCUAAAUGGGCAGAAAGAAAAGCCACCGCGGUUACAACUUGCUGCCCUAGAUGUAGAAAGGGUCGGGGAUGCAGAGGGUGGAAAGGGGGAUGAUGUCUCUGGUGAUGUCAAGACAGGGGAGGAGAGAAGAGAGCAAGUAGUGAAAGAAACGUUUGCAAAGGGUCCUGAAACCCUUGAGAAGGAAGACACUCCAUGCCUGCAGUCGCGGAACCUGCACGAAAGCAAAGGGGAAGGUUUGCGCUUGGAAGCCGCAUUAUCAAAGAGCAAAGCAGAGGAAACCAGAGGAGCCAGUGAACCAGAGCGCAGAACACAAGCAGAGGGAGACGAGAUGAGACAGGCGGCAGUGAAAGGAACAGAAAAUGGAAAUGGAAAGAGGAAGGCCAAUGCUAUCUCCCCACUGGCAGAGCGCCCCCGCGGCCUCCGAGGCGCCGGUGAGAAGGAGCGCGAGGCUCCAGAAUUCUGCUGCUAA